AUGGAAGCGACGGCGAUCACUCAUCGGAACCCAAACCAGACCCUAAACGACCUCCCGGACGAAAUCCUCCUCCACAUCCUGACCUUCUUCCCGACCCUCGACGCCGUCCAGACCUCCCUCAUCUCCCGCAAAUGGCGGCCCCUCUGGUCCCGCCUCCGCUUCCUCCGCUUCUCCUACGAGCACUUCCCCCUAAAUGACCCUCCCUCCGAUAACCGCGACUUCUUCGCCGAGUUCGUCGACCGCGCCCUCAUCCUCCGUCCCCACCACCCCAUCGACCUCUUCUCCCUCUCCUUCAUCUACCAUCACCGCUUCGGCCUCCACGUCGACUCCUGGGUCCGCUCCGCCGUCACGCACCUCCGCGCGCGUGAGCUCCACCUCGACUUCUUCAUCGACCGCGAGUACCACCAGACCGACGAGUCCUUCAACCACAAGUACGACUUCCCCUUCGCCGUCCUCCGAAAUGGCGCCGUCGCGGUCCUGAAGCUCACGCGCGUGGAGCUCACUCUCCCGGCGAGCAUGGCCGCCAUGGGGCUCGUCUCCCUGAGCUCAAUGUACCUGGAUGAGGUGUAUCUGACGGACCAGAAUGUUACUGAUUUGAUUUCUGGUUGUCCGAAUCUUGAGGAAUUGGAGCUUCAGCAUUGUUGGGGGAUGGAGAAGAUGAAGAUACGUAGCAAAAAGAUGAAGAAGCUGGCGUUUGCUUACAUUUACGACUCGGAAUCCAGGAACAGUAUUGAGAUUGAUUGCCCGAAUUUGUGUUCGAUAAGCUUUGAUAACUGUAGUUUCACACAGUUUGUGCUUAAGUAUGCGCCGGCCCUGGUUGAGUUUAGUGUUAGCAUUGUGCAAAUAGAGGAGCAGGAUUAUGAUCUGUGGUGUAGGAUUGUGAAGCUACUUGAGCAGGCGCCGUAUGUGAAGCAGCUUAAUUUGCAAAAUUGGUGGUGUAAGCUUCUUACAUCAAAGGAUCCUUUGUCCAAAAGUUUUAAGCUUCACAACCUCAACCAUUUGGAGCUGCAAACUGGGUAUACCCAUUGUGAUCUGGUUGGCUUGGCAGCACUGCUUGAGCUUUCUCCCAAUCUUGAGAACAUGAUUUUAGAUUACGUUGACAAUAAUGCGAAAGAUGGUAUAGUACCUGAAGAGUUCUCAAAUAAACCAGAUAGAUUCAACAUGCCGAGUCUGAAGCAAGUGACCAUGAAAUCAUAUUCUGGAACUCCAGAUGAAGCUAAUUUUGUGAAUAUUUUGAAAAAGCAUGCAGUGGUCCUAGAAAAGAUAGUAAUCCAUCACAUCGAAGUUGGUGAGAAAUCAUUCUCUCCGGUAGUUAUAAGUAAAAUCCCUUGCAAGGUUUAAGCCCUAAAAGAUUUCGUAGUAUAGGAGCUCAUUGGCUCCGAGUAAAACCAGUUUUUUUAUUUUUUAUUUUUUUUUAUAGUUUUUAUACUAACGGUUUAUUACUAAUUUUUUUUUUGGUUUUUGUAACUAAGUAUGAUGUUAGAUGACUGAUCAUUAAAAUAAUAAGUAUGCUCUGUAUAGCUUAUCUUAUGAUUUGUUUUGAAAUAAAUUAUCUUGCAUUGCAUG